CAAAUGACACUCAAUUGACCAGCCGUAUAUGAGCAAUGAGCGAUUAUUAUCUACUUUAUUUAUCCUGAAAAUAUACUUUCCAAGCGAAAUAAAAUUUCAAAUUUAGUUAAACGAUAACUAAUGUGAAGUUUACUGCAGUGUGCCUAUUGGAUAAUAUUUUGGAACAUUAUUUUUAAUGAAGCGACCUGUCUUUGAAAAUAAAUAAAGGGCUAUGACUCUCCCGCUGCCGAUACCGCCUUGCGCCAAAAGGGAUGGCCUGAGCGGGCUGAGCUGCGAACAAUUCGAGUACGCUAGCACAAUGGCUACAACAUUGCUGGCACCAGUGAAAACUGAGAGAGAGAUCCUGGAGCACUCGAUGUCGGAAGAUGACCCGAACGCGAACACUCAGCUCUCCAGUGAAGUGGGGAAGCAGCCGCGCUGGGGCCCGCGGCACCGAGGGGCGCAGGAACUGGCUGAACUCUACAGUCCAGGCAAGAGACUACAGGAAUGGGUGUGCGUGGUGGUUUGUUGCACAUUAUGCGUGUGUGCGGGCCUCCUGAUGGCUCGGCACAUUCGUGCUGAUGUCUCCUUAUUAUUGGCAGCAAUAGCUGGUGUUCUAACAGCUGACUUUGCUUCGGGUUUUGUGCACUGGGCUGCGGACACUUGGGGAGCAGUUGACCUACCUAUUAUUGGCAAAAAUUUCCUGAGACCGUUCCGUGAGCACCACAUUGACCCUACUUCAAUAACGCGACACGACUUUGUGGAAACUAAUGGCGACAAUUUCGCUAUUACCAUACCCGUGCUGGGGCGGAUCGUAUGGCAGCUUUUGACGUUCAACAAUACGAGUAUCGAGAGAGAGUUCCAUUGGAUUGCGUACUGGUACUUCUGUUGUAUAUUUGUGGCAAUGACUAAUCAGAUCCACAAAUGGUCGCACACAUACUUCGGUUUGCCGUCGUGGGUGGUGGCGCUCCAGGAAUGGCACGUGGUGCUGCCGCGGCGCCACCACCGCAUCCACCACGUAGCGCCGCACGAGACUUACUUCUGCAUCACCACCGGCUGGCUCAACUGGCCCCUCGAGAAGUUACGCUUCUGGUCCACUCUAGAAAACGUCAUUGAAGCCUUGACGGGCUGCAAGCCGAGGGCAGAUGACCUCAAGUGGGCCCAAAAGCGUUCCUAAUGGUAAUUCGUUUUAUUACAUAUUGUUUAAUGAUACGUCCACGGCAACUAAAUCAAUUAAUACUUAUAUUGCGCUGGAAAUUGACUGCUCAGCUGUCCGUGCUGUAUACAUACAGCAAUAGGUAAUAUUUACAUUGACCUAGAGUUACAUAUUUACAAACUGCAGUAAAAUAGAAGCUCUGCCACUGAAUAACCCCUUAGUGAUGUGUGCUGUUCUUAGAAAUAUUCUUACUUUUAUCUGUUCACAGAAAUAUUACCUAAAGUAGGGAAAAUUUAAUACAAUAAAAAAUAGAAUAUGUAGCGUGAUCUUGUUUAAGAAAAAUAAGUUGUUAACAUUAUUUUAGUGAGAUUUAAAGAAAUUAAAAUAUCAAUUGUGAUUUUAAAUACUGCUGUGAUAGUUUUUUUAGUUUCUAGGAAAUUAGGUAUGAUUCAACGGCAAUUGGAGUAUUCCUGAGAACAAUUAAAAUUUCUAGAGAAAUUUCGGCAUCACCACUAUUGUUUUAUAAUUCGGUAUAUAGUUACUAUAAAGGUUCCAUAAGCAUCAGAGACAAAAAAAUGCGCCUACUGGGAAGUUCCAAAAACAGCACCUAUUUAACAGUUCACGGCAAUACUCCAAGCACAGCUCAGUCACAUUUGCCUUGCCUUUUGGGUUAUUCCCAGCUGUUACCAACAAAUACAGGUUACUAACAGUACAGCGUGUUGCCCAAUUAGCUCAAUAACCCGAUUCGAACCCGACAGUCGGUAGCAUCUAUUUAUGACGCGAGACGCCAUAAUGUUCUUAGAAUUGACCAUGUCAUCUCAUGCAGUCUGGUCAUUUCAUAAAACGCGAUCAGUUGUUGAAAUGGCCGGUCAGGCGGCCACGUCAAAAGCGUAGCAUAGUCUGCUUAAUGUGACUACACUAUUUCCCGGGUCCUAUUUAUCUCUCUGUACCACCAUGUAC